UGCCCCCAGCUGGGCCCCCGGUGGGGCUGCCUUUGGGUCUGGCUCCUGGGCUGUGGGGCCGACCGACAGCCCCGCCCCCAGAUCCUGUUUGACCAGGCCCAGAGGUCCGUUCGUCAGCAGCUGCACAACUUCAUCAAAGAGGACGUGCGCAAGUUCAAGGACACCAAGAAGCAGUUCGACAGGGUGCGGGAGGACAUGGAGCUGUCCCUGGUGCGCAACGCCCAGGCCCCCCGGCACCGGCCCCACGAGGUGGAGGAGGCCACCGGCGCCCUGGCCCUCACCCGCAAGUGCUUCCGCCACCUGGCGCUGGACUACGUGCUGCAGAUCAACGUCCUGCAGGCCAAGAAGAAGUUUGAGAUCCUGGACUCUAUGCUGUCCUUCAUGCACGCGCAGCGCAGCUUCUUCCAGCGGGGCUACGGCCUGCUGCACCGGCUGGACCCCUACAUGGAGAAGCAGGCGGCAGAUAGGCUUGCUGGCCGCCUGGCAGGCGGUGGCCCAGAGGGUCAGCAGAAGCCCUAGAAGGGGCAGAGGUGG